AUGUAAUCUAAUCCAAAAAUUACUCCCAAUAAUCCUUUUUACACAGGCACUUAUCCAUAAACCAUCUUAAUAAAGGAUAGAUAACAACCUACUAAAACCCGAUACGAUAGGUAAUCCCAACCCAUCAUUAGAGGCAAAGGUAAACAUGUAGUUACUUUUAAACCUGAUAUUCACAAAAUCUAUUCUGUUGAAAAUUGGAAAAUAUAUAACAUGGAGAAUGAUAACUAACCUAAUGAUAACAAAUGUUGCUUUAUACUCUGA